GUAUUCCCCCCUCCCUAAGCUGUAAAAUUUCUCCGUUGAGAAGUCCUCUCAGCUCUUCCUGUGGGUCUCAUCUUGCGAACCCUAGAGUAAAUUAUCAUCCUUAUCAGGUUUCAGAUCUCAAAUCUCUGUAGGGUUUUUGAUUUUCCCUUUGAUUUUAUCAUUGAGAUUGUAACUUGUUAUUUCUGGAGAAGAUGGAGAGGGUUCUAACGGCGACGGAGAAACAAAGUAUGGUCUCAUCCUUCCUCGAGAUUGCGGUGGGACAGUCGGCCGAGACAGCAAGGCAGUUCUUACAGGCCACUAGUUGGAAGCUUGAGGAAGCGAUUCAGUUAUUCUAUGUUGGAAAUGAUGGUGGGGGUUUGCCACCCUCUUCCUACUCUUCACCAACCGAAAAUGCUUCUCCAUUGCCCGAACAAAGCCUAGGUGGACCAGCAAGAAACAUUGAAAAUGUUGGACAAGAUGCUGGAAGUGAAGAAGUACGGCCUCCUCUACCAGUUAAAAGAGAUGUUCUAUAUGAUGAUGCUAUAUUGUAUAGAACAUCAAGGAUGGGAUAUCCGUCACAAGAAGCAAGUUCAUUGGUUGCAUUCCGUAAUUUCGGUGAGGAGAUGAAACAUCCUGGUGUUUGGGAAUCAGACCAAGGGGCUGCAUCCUCAACAGAUAAUUCCCAGGAUAAUCUUGCUUCAUUAUAUCGUCCUCCUUUUGCCUUGAUGCUUCAUGGACCUUUUGACACGGCAAAAGUUACAGCUUCUGACCAAGACAAGUGGCUCGUAGUAAACUUGCAGUCCACUAAGGAGUUCAGUUCACACAUGCUGAACCGGGACACAUGGUCAAAUGAAGCCGUGGCUCAGACUAUUAGGACUAACUUUAUCUUCUGGCAGGUAUAUGACGAUACCACUGAAGGCAAGAAAGUCUGCACUUAUUACAACUUGGACUCCAUUCCUGUGAUUCUUGUUAUUGAUCCCAUCACAGGACAAAAAAUGUGGUCAUGGAAUGGAAUGAUCCAUCCAGACCGUUUAUUGGAGGAUCUACUACCAUUCAUGGAUGGUGGCCCCAAGAACCACCAUAUCACUCAUCCUCAUAAACGUCCACGGGAGAGUCCUCAGAAAUCUACCCAAAAAGCACAAGUCACAGAUGAUGCUAAUGAGGAAGAUGAAGAAUUGCGGCUAGCGCUGGCAGCUUCUUUGGGAAGCAAAAAAGAGCCCAUCAACUUUACUUCUACUAAUGCAGCAGAUGAUUCCAAUUUGGACAAGGAAGCUGAGACAUGCUCUACCAAGAAGUAUACAUAUCCAUCUCUUCCUGAAGAACCCAAAGGUGACAGAAACCUCCUUUGCAGGGUCGGAAUUCGUCUUCCUGAUGGUCGUAGGGUUCAGAGAAAUUUCCUUCUGAAGGACCCAGUAAAGUUGCUGUGGUCCUUCUGCUACUCUCAGCUCGAAGAAGCAGAGACUCGCCCAUUCCGCUUAACACAAGCAAUCCCAGGAGCUUCAAAGUCUUUGGACUAUGAGAGCGUACUAACCUUUGAGUUGUCGGGCCUUGCGAACUCGAUGAUCUCAGUUACUUGGGAAUGAGAAGGUUGUAUUAAUCGAUUAAAAAAAUAAUAAUAAAGAAAUGAAAGGGUCAUUUUGUAUUUGGGAACUUGGAGCUUUAUGUCUUUGGCUGCUGAAACUGCAGGGAAGAACUCUCUGAGUGAUUAUCCAUUCAUCCUUUUUUUAUGAUCUUGGUCCUUGUUUGACGAAGGGGUUGGGUGUUUGGUUCAUACUUAGGACUCUUUCGUUUUUUUUCAUUGUAAAUAUUUAUGUUCUUUCAUAAGGUGAUGGCUACGGAACUUUUACUUCCUUCUCCAU